AUGGCCGACAGUCGUCGGAUAGAGUGGUUUCUCGGCAGAGCUGGACUUCUCCCACCACCACAGCAGAUCCCAAGCUUGGUGGAACCUCCCGCUCAAGACUAUGAGCCAUUCGUCAAGGCCAAUCGAGAUGCAGCUCGUCAGCUUCUCGUUCAGCAGCGGAUGGCUGAUCCCAGCUAUCGGCCACCUUCAGAGCAGAAGCGCAACCUCUUCAGGACCAAGCAUCAGAAGGAAGAGGCGACCAAUCACGCCCACUGGACUUUUACCAAGCAUGAAGUCGCGAGGGCGUUUGAUUUGCUGCUUUCUACUGAGCCUUUGGCAGCUGCUGGCGUUGCUCAGGCUUUGCUGCUGUAUACGACCUUGACUUCGCUUGAUGAGCUAUGGGGUCACUUGCAUGACCCGAGGCUCGAGAAGAAGAUGAAGAGAAAUCGGUUGUCUUCAUCAAUGGCAGAUUCUUUCCCUCCAGGAAUUACCUGGCUAGACAAGGCGGCUUCUCACGACAACAUCAGCUACAUUCAUCUGCUAUGUCAAACUCGAGUCAGCCAAGAGGCUUUGACUCGAGCAUUCGGCAUUUCCUUGUCAAAAUCAUCAGCAGACGCCAUGAGGCUUCUACUGAGCUACGGCGCCGCUGCAUCAUCUUAUCCAGAUGUCGUCGCUCAACAUAUCAAGAUUGGCGAUAUUGCCCUCGUGAGCCUCCUGUUGUCGGCUCCAACGGCCAUGACGACUGGAGCUUGGCUCGAGUGUCUCGAGAAAGACCUUGCUGGUGCGAUAGCAGGAACAGGCUUUUCGCUUGAGAUUCUGAUGUUGUGCGUUGCGAAUCGACGAGACCUCGUCUGUGACUCUUUGCUCCUCGCGACUCUUCGUGCACAGAGUCUACAGGCUUUGGCUGUUCUUCUGGCUUACGCGAGCUCCAACGACAAAUUUUUCGGUGUACGAGAGAGCGCUUGUGAACUGGCCACUUUGGUACCAGAUUCAACUCAAAAGCUUUCGUUCUUCACGUUGCUCGCUGAAGCCAGCCUGGUCGGAGAUUAUCCCACCCUCCGUGAGGAGUUGGUCAAGAGUGUCAAAGCUCAUCAGAUACCCCUUGCAAAACUCCUCGUCGGAGCUGGUGUCAGUGUCGACGUCCCACCUCACAACGCCCUGCAAUGGGCCAUCUCACAGAUGGACUUUGUCAUGGUGGAGUUGCUUAAGAACGGGGCUUUCUCUUCACCUGUUGCACUCGCCCUGAGCUACGUGCCCGAGUCAACCUCUGAGACGGACAUGAUCCAUCUCAUGGACAUUUUCGGUCCCAUGGGAGUUUCUGGAGAGCACCUCGAUGCUCACUUGGUUCGCGCUGUUCGAAACAAGCAUUUGAGGUUGGUUGAGACACUGGUGCGUUGUGGAGCGUCUGUCGAGUAUGAACAAGCCUCUGCUAUACAAAGUGCCCUCGAAGCUGUGGACUUUGAUAUGCUCAAGGCGCUUCUACAACGAAAAUGCUCUCCAGAGAUUCUGUCGGCCGCUAUCCCAGCCGCAAUGGGCAUUCUGCCCAGGGAUAGUCGACUCAAAGCAUUGAAAUCCAUCUUGCAGAAGGGAGUGCAUAGCCAAGUCCUUGGGGCUCCCCUGCAGCAAGUGGUAUCUGAGGAUGGAGACAUUGACUCAGACCUCAUUCAGCUGUUUCUCGAGUAUCAUGCUCCUGUUGACUUUUCCAACACGGCUGAUGGUAACCCAGUGCUGGUCGCGGCACGACGAGGCAACUUUUCAGUCCUUCAGACGCUCUGCGCUGGAGGACCACGAACCGAAACCUUGUCUGUUGCCGUCCCUAUUGCUUUCAAGGCCAUGGAGAAAUUCGGCUACGAUGCGGCUCUCUCCAUGAUCACACUACUCCUUAAAAAAGGAGCAAACGGUAAAGCCGUUGAUCAGACUUUGCUGGAAGCGUCGUCAAAGGACACUCGGCUAGAUAUUGUCCGUGUUCUAGUCCAGCAUCGUGCCAACGCAAACUAUGCUUCCGGCGUGGCAUACACCAACGCGGUUGAGAGGGGAAACUUUGAUCUGUUGGAGAUCCUGUGCUCCGGAUGUCCUCCAAGUCCUCAGAGUCUUAGCGUGGUCUUCCAUACAGCAAUGAUGCCAGAAUACUACAACUUGAAAACAAUCGAGUUCCUGCUAGACUCUGCACCUUCAUCGCAUCUACUUCAAGCCACCGCAAGUAUGGAAGGCGUUCUGAGAGGUCACCCGAACCUGGCUGAGGUUACGCCUUGCCUGGUACGACAUGGUCUCAGUGUUGAUAUUGGAGGUGGAAUGCUACUCUGCACCGCCGUCCAAGAAAAGGAUGUCGCUCUUCUUAGCAUACUUGUUUCCUCGAAGCCUCAAACGGCAUCUUUAGCUGCUGCAUUCCAGGAAGCUAUCACUGUCGAGCCUAGAGAUGUCAAGUUGGACGUCAUGAAGCUGCUUCUGGAAGCCGCUACCUCGGCCGAGAUUGGACAGUCUGAAUAUCUUCCCCGAGAGACAAAGACCGCAUUGUCUGGCGACCUUGCCGGACUUGAGCUUCUGCUCAACCACAAGGCUUCGGUUGAUGUCCAAGAUGGGCAAGCCCUCCAAGAAGCCGCAGUAGAAGGUGUGCCCGAGGUCUUGAAGGUACUCCUUACUGCCAAACCAACUGCUUUGACUGUUGAGAAGGCUUUCAUCGUGGGUAGCUCAUCUCCUGUGGCUUCACAUACAAAGGCUGUCAUCUUGGGACACUUGCUCCGAACGGACCAGGUAUCAGUGGAUGCAAUAUCCAAGGCUCUGACUGAGGCUGUUUCCAAGCACCCAGAUGACAUUCUUCUUGCCAAGUUGCUACUAUCUUAUCAUGCCAAGGUUGAGAUCGACACCCUCAAGAUGGCGCUGGAAUCAUCUCCCGUCGACAUGUUUCUGUCACUCUCACGAAACAUCACAGAACCGGCCAUUGCAAAGGAGCUUUUUCGGCACGUUAGAAACACCGACAUCGACUCUGAGAGGAGAUUCAUUGCUUAUCAGUCUCUCCUGGACAAGGAGAUCCAUGCCGAUGAGGUUUCUGAAGCCCUUCUUGAUUCUAUCAAGUCUGAUCCUGACAACCUGGAUACUCCGAACCUUCUGCUGGAUCACGGUGCUGUAGUCAACUACAAGGAUGGGGCAGCCUUUACCAUGGCAUUUGAGUCCACCAACCUCAAUCUUGUGCGAGCAUUAAGUCAGCAUCUCGUCAAGGCUGAUGAAAGCGCAGCAACUCUCGCAUUCGACUACGUGUCAAACAACUCCUCAUUUGACUCAGAUGUUCGACUCGAGAUUUACAGCUGCUUGCUAGAGUUCACUAUCAGCAAGAGGUCUCUGAAUAAGGCUCUUAUCGGGGCUUUGGAGAGUACUGCCACCAACACCGCCAUCGUGAGCAAGCUCGUGGAGCAUGGAGCAGACCCCAACGCUGAAGAUGCCAAAUGCUUCAUUCUAGCGUGCAAAAAGAACUCGCGAGACGAGUUUAGAGCUCUCAGCAAGCAUGCAGAUCUGGCUGUAGUUCUUUCUGCUCUUCUAGACCACGUCAAGGAGGAGUUGGAAGUCAUGAACUGGCUUAUCCUCCUCUUUGAAGAACAGCCCGAGGGAACAAAGGUUCAGGAAGAUGAAGUGCUGUUCAAGUGCAUGCGCAAGUUCCCACAGGGGACUGUUGUCUUGGGCUUUUUGCUCGACCAUGGAGUCCCUGCUGCAGCCAAGAUCAUCUACAAUCUCCGACCAAUGUGGGAGCCAGAAGAAUGUACAGCUCUUAUGUGGGCUAUUUCUUCUUCUCUCAAGAUUGAUAACGCCGUUAUUAUCCGUCUGCUGCAGAUGGAGGAUGCAGCUUUGCCCACGUAUGUGACACCACAGUCGCAAAUGUCGGCAGUUUUCCUUUGUCUGCUCGAAAAGUCACGAACUCCCGUAUUGAAGGCUCUCCUUGAGCUCGCACCGGGCGACAUGUUCAACAGCACUGUUUCGGGCUCAAACUUUAGCAAGAUUGCUUGUUAUCCCAAGAAGCCCAAGGCCCAGUUCCAAUCCCUUUUUGAAGAGGAGGAUGAGAUUUCUCCCCGAGAGGCUGCUCUCUUCCUGGGUAACCUUGAUGCCUUCAAAUUGCUCGCGGGUGAAGGCACCCCAGACGAUGGAACGCUCCACUUGGCCUCGCUCUUGGCUCUUCCCGACUUUGUAACAUGGCUUUUGGAGACGCACGACGCAAACUACGAGGAAGAGAACUUUGGCUUCAUGGUACCCUUGGGUUUGGCAUGUUUCUCCAAGCCAUUUCCAUGGUGCAAGAUCGCCAACGAAGAAUCUGACUGGAACCUCCGCCUUCGAGAAACGAUGAAGAUUCUAAUCGCCAAGACACGAAAGACAUGGCGGUACAGAGAAAAGCUAGUUCUCCACAUGGCACUGGAGAACGGACCCGAGGUGACAAAGGCGAUGCUCGACGCGUUGGAUAUUCGCCAUGAGGCGGACAAGGAUAAGACGUAUCUGUAUACUGACAGAACCGGGUUGCAUUACUCGCCUUGUGAGUAUGUGGAGGAGUUUAUUGAGGUUGGAGAUAAGCAGAAGAAGAAGCUGCUUAAGUGUUUGACGGGACAGGGGUUGACUUGA